GGGAGGGGACUCGAGCGAGGCUCCAGGUGAGGAGCAGUGAAUCAUCCCGGGAGGGGGACUCGGUCCUCGCUCUGUGAAAGGAGUCAGGCAGUGGCCGUGGCGCUGCGGAGAGUCGGGGCUGCCCAGCUGCUGUCGGGCGGGGAGCGGCGAUCGUGCCCCCGGAGGUCUGGGGAAAGCUCGGAAAGAAGAUUCUAGCUACAUUGGAGACUGGUCGUUUUCUGAAACUAAAGGAGAAGCCCAGGAAGGGAUGAUGAAUCCUUUCUGAGUUUCAAGUCGCAGAAUAAAAAGAAGAGUUGGAGUAGAUGAGCUAGAAGACUGGGAGAGCUGAGACAGGGGGAGUUUUGAAGUCCUUCUCUGUCAGAAGCCAUGAUUUAAACAUCAGCAUUACGUUGCAGAAUUAAGAAAAAUCUUUGAACCAAAGAGGAAAGAAUUUUCAGACAUGAAAAGAAAAGAAAGAAUUGCCAGGCGCCUAGAAGGAAUUGAAACUGACACGCAGCCCAUCCUCUUGCAGAGCUGCACGGGCUUAGUGAGUCAUCAUCUGCUGGAGGAGGACCUGCCCAGAUACACGCGCGCCACAGACCCAGCCAGCCCUCACAUCGGCCGAUCAAAUGAAGAGGAAGAAACUUCGGAUUCUUCCUUAGAAAAGCAGACUCGAUCCAAACACUGCACAGAAUCCUCGGGCAUCCAUGGUGACUCCCCCUACGGUUCCAGCAUCAUGGACACCCAGAGCCUAGAGUCCAAAGCCGAAAGGAUCGCCAGGUACAAAGCAGAGAGGAGACGGCAGCUGGCAGAAAAGUAUGGGCUCACCCUGGACCCAGAAGCCGACGCCGAAUCUCCAUCUCGAUACACCAAGUCCAGGAAGGACCCUGAGACUGCUGAGAAAAGGGGAGGAAAAAGUGACCGAUCUGCCGAGUCCAGCAAAGAUUCGGGCGCUUCCUACUCCAGGACCGAGAUCCCGGGGCUCAGGAGCUGCAUGGCUGAGUCCAAGGACCAUGCCCUCCACCGGCGCGAUGGUGUUUCCGAUGCAGAGGUGCUGCUCAACGUAGAAAACCAAAGACGAGGUCAAGAGCCCAGUGCCACCGGGCCAGCCCAAGACCUGCCCCCCGCGGGGGAGGGCUCCUCAUCCUUCCUGUUCUCCGGGCGAGACUGCGCCCUCGGUGAAGUGCCAAGGUCCCCAAAGCCAAUGCACAGCCUGCCCGGCCCGUCACCUGGGCAGCCGGCCUCUCCGAGCCACUCCACAGGUGACCUGCCGCUCCCCGCUGAGGCUCGAGCCAGUACCGGGAAACCCAAACAUGAGUGGUUUCUCCAGAAAGAUUCCGAAGGGGACACACCUUCACUUAUCAACUGGCCUUCCAGAGUUAAAGUUAGAGAAAAACUGGUGAGAGAGGAGAGUACUCGCAGCAGCCCUGAACUUGCCCCUGAGCCCUUAACUCAGAGGAGACAGCAGCCAGCGCCAGGCCAUCACCUGGCCUUUCACUCAGAGAACUCAGCCUUCGCUAGGGUCUCGGGCAAGGCGGCCAGCUCUGCACGACGGCCCAUCCACGGCUACGUCCAGCCGGCAGAUGCCAGUCACACCAUCACGCCGGCGACCUCGGACACCCCAGAAAGCGCAUCCGAGUACAGCUGGGUGGGGUCAGCCACCCAGACUGUCACAAAGCCUCCCCCCUCGAAGGUUCUAGAAGCUGAGAGAAGAGAUACCCCGGUUCUCCAUAUUUGUGAAUCAAAAGCAGAGGACGAUGCGCUCUUCUCUGAAGCUCUGGAGAAAAGCAGGAAGACGCUUUUGGCUCUGGAGGAUCAUGGGCCUGGGAGAAGCCAGGAAGACCCCUCUGGAACCCAGGACUCGGGUAAGCCCGCUACUCGCACAGUCACCUCGGAGCCUCAGAAGGAACCGGAAAGCCUGGCCCGCCCACCUGCAGCUCAGCAGCGCACGGAGAGGACGGGCCGAAGCGAAAUGGUCGUGUACGUUGAGAGCGAGUCUGUGUCCCAAGGUCACAAGAAGGAGGCGGAGGCCACGCGGAAGCGCAGGGCCCUCACCCGCUCGCUGUCUGACUACGCGGGCCCGCCUCAGCUGCCGGCUCCGCAGGCCAAGGCCCCGGCUUCCAAGCGGGACCCGGAGCCGCAGGCGUCCAAGGCUGAGGCGGAAGUGGGCCUGCUGGACACGAAGGUCUCCGUCGCCCAGCUCCGCAGUGCGUUCCUGCAGUCAGCCGGGGCCAGCAAGAGACCCGAGCUCCAUUCACGGGUCGAGGGGUCAAGCGAAGGCGCUGGCUUGCCUACCAGCGUGGAACGGGAGAGAGGGUCCCGGAAACCAAGACGCUAUUUUUCUCCUGGUGAAAGUAGAAAGACUUCUGAGAGAUUUAGAACUCAACCCAUAACCUCAGCAGAACGAAAGGAAUCAGAUAGGUCAACUUCAAAUUCAGAAAUGCCAGCUGCCGAGGAUGAGGAGAAGGUCGAUGAGCGAGCCAGGCUGAGCGUCGCUGCGAAGAGGCUGCUCUUCAGGGAGAUGGAAAAGUCAUUUGACGAGAAGAACGUUCCGAAGCGCCGCCCCAGGAAUGCAGCCGUAGAGCAGAGGCUGCGGCGUCUGCAGGACCGAUCCCACACCCAGCCCGUCACCACCGAGGAGGUGGUCAUUGCAGCCACAUUGCAGGCAUCUGCUCAGCAGAAGACGUUAGCCAGAGACCAGGCAAACGAGGGCAAAGAUUCUGCUGGGCAAGCAGAGCCUGACCUCUCCACCCUGAGCUUAGCGGAGAAGUUGGCCUUGUUUAACAAACUGUCCCAGCCGGUCUCAAAAGCGAUUUCAACGCGGAACAGAUUAGACGUGAGACACAGGAGGAUGAACGCUCGCUAUCAAACCCAGCCGGUCACACUUGGAGAGGUGGAACAGGUGCAAAGUGGCAAGCUCAUCCCUUUCUGCCCCACUGUUAACACGUCUGUGUCCACCCUGGCAUCUACCGUCACCCCCAUGUACGCAGGGAAUCUUCGGACAAAGCCACCGCUGGAUGACAGCUCCAGUGCCGCUGAGCAGAAGUUUCCUUCUUCGCUAGAAAGUUCAGACUCUCCAGUUAGAAGCAUCCUGAAAUCCCAAGGCUGGCAGUCUUCGGUAGAGGCCAGUGGGAGCAAAGGAAUGUCGAGAGAAUUUGAAGAGACAGAAAGCAAGGGAGUCUUGACAGGUGGAGACGGUGGUGUUACAAAGUACGGGUCCUUCGAGGAAGCAGAGCCAUCCUACCCCAUGCUUAGCAGAGUCCGGGAAGGAGAUGGCCAUAAGGAACACAUCUAUGCUGUUCCGAGAAAGGGAAGCCUGGAGCUCGCCCAUCCUCCCAUGGCUCAGUUCGGUGAUGAACCGAAGGAAUUUUCCACUGCACAAGGCACCGCACAGGGGAGCCCAGAGUGGAAGGACAGGCAGCUCUUUGAAGAGAAGGUGGACGCGGAGAAGGUCACGCAGAGGAAGUUUUCGCUGAAAGCGGCAGAGUUCGGGGAUCCCACUGCUGAGCAGCCAGGCGCAGCUGCCGGGAGACUGGUCACUCAGACUGCACCCCCCGUGUCCUGGAAGCAGCAAGAUCCCUCCGGGCAGCCGCAGGAGAAGCCCUAUCGGAGUCCGUGUGCAAUGUUUGCUGCUGAGGAGAUCAAAGCACCGGCGGCGGAGGGCAUCCUCGACUCUCCCAGCAAAACCAUGUCCAUUAAAGAAAGAUUAGCACUGUUGAAGAAAAGUGGUGAGGAAGACUGGAGAAACAGACUUAACAGAAAGCAGGAGUAUGGCAAAGCGGCCGUCGCCAGCAGCCUACACAUCCAAGAAACAGGACAGUCACUCAAGAAGAAGCGGGUCACAGAAAGUCGAGAGAGCCAGAUGACGAUUGAAGAGAGGAAGCAUCUCAUCACCGUGAGAGAGGACGCCUGGAAGACCAGAGGCCGGGGGGCAGCCAACGACUCCACCCAGUUUACCGUGGCCGGCAGGAUGGUGAAGCGAGGUCUGGCGUCCCCCACUGCCAUCACCCCAGUAGCGUCCCCUAUCUGCAGUAGAACGAGGGGCACCACGCCAGUUUCCAGACCCCUGGAAGAUAUCGAAGCCAGACCAGACAUGCAGUUAGAAUCAGACCUCAAGUUGGACAGGCUGGAAACCUUUCUAAGAAGGCUGAAUAACAAAGUUGGUGGGAUGCAAGAAACGGUCCUCACCGUCACCGGGAAAUCCGUGAAAGAGGUGAUGAAGCCGGACGAUGAGGAAACCUUUGCCAAGUUCUACCGCAGCAUGGAUUCCGCUCUACCGAGAAGCCCCGUGGAGCUGGACGAGGACUUUGAUGUCAUUUUCGAUCCUUACGCCCCCAAGUUGACGUCCUCUGUGGCUGAGCACAAGCGUGCAGUGAGGCCCAAGCGCCGGGUUCAGGCUUCCGGAAACCCCCUGAAGACGCUGGCAGCAAGGGGAGACCUCCUCCAGGGAUACACGGAGCAGAGAUUGAACGUGGCCUUCAUGGAGUCAAAGCGUAUGAAAGUAGAGAAGAUGUCCACCAACUCCAACUUCUCAGAAGUCACCCUGGCGGGACUCGCCAGCAAAGAAAACUUCAGCAGCGUCAGCCUGCGGAGUGUCAACCUGACGGAACAGAAUUCCAACAACAGCGCGGUGCCCUACAAAAAGCUGAUGCUGUUACAGGUUAAAGGAAGAAGACACGUGCAGACGCGGCUGGUGGAACCUCGCGCUUCUUCCCUCAACAGCGGGGACUGCUUCCUCCUGCUCUCCCCCCACCACUGCUUCCUGUGGGUCGGAGAGUUCGCCAACGUCAUAGAGAAGGCGAAGGCCUCAGAACUCGCAAGUUUAAUUCAGACCAAGAGGGAACUUGGUUGUAGAGCUACUUACAUCCAAACUAUCGAAGAAGGAAUUAAUACACACACUCAUGCAGCCAAAGACUUCUGGAAGCUUCUGGGUGGCCAAACCAGUUACCAGUCUGCUGGAGACCCAAAGGAAGAUGAGCUCUAUGAAACGGCCAUAAUAGAAACCAACUGCAUUUACCGACUAAUGGAUGACAAACUCGUUCCUGAUGACGACUACUGGGGGAAGAUUCCGAAGUGCUCCCUUCUGCAGUCAAAAGAGGUACUGGUGUUUGAUUUUGGGAGCGAAGUUUACGUGUGGCACGGGAAAGAAGUCACAUUAGCACAACGGAAAAUAGCCUUUCAGCUGGCAAAGCACUUAUGGAACGGAACCUUUGACUACGAGAAUUGUGACAUCAACCCCCUGGACCCUGGAGAGUGCAAUCCGCUCAUUCCCAGAAAAGGACAAGGGCGGCCUGACUGGGCGAUAUUUGGGAGACUUACAGAACACAACGAGACGAUUUUGUUCAAAGAGAAAUUUCUCGAUUGGACGGAACUGAAGAGACCUAACGAGAAGAACGCCAGCGAACCUGUCCAGCACAAGGACGAGCCGCGGGCGGAGGUCAAGCCUUACGACGUGACGCGGAUGGUGCCGGUGCCCCAGACGACAGCCGGCACCGUGCUAGACGGGGUCAACGUGGGCCGGGGCUACGGCCUGGUGCCAGGGGACGACCGCAGGCAGUUGGAGAUCGCCAGCGUGUCGGUGGACGUCUGGCACAUCCUGGAAUUCGACUACAGCAGGCUCCCCAAGCAGAGCAUUGGGCAGUUCCACGAGGGCGACGCCUACGUGGUCAAGUGGAAGUUCAUUGUGAGCACGGCAGUGGGAAGUCGGCAGAAGGGCGAACACCCGGUCAGGGUGGCCGGCAAAGAGAAGUGUGUCUACUUCUUCUGGCAAGGCCGGCAGUCGACCGUGAGUGAGAAGGGCACGUCGGCUCUGAUGACGGUGCAGCUGGACGAGGAAAGGGGAGCCCAGGUCCAGGUCCUGCAGGGCAAGGAGCCCCCCUGUUUUCUGCAGUGUUUCCAGGGGGGGAUGGUGGUCCACUCCGGGAGACGGGAGGAGGAAGAAGAGAACACACAAAGCGAGUGGAGGCUGUACUGUGUGCGCGGAGAAGUGCCCGUGGAAGGGAACUUGCUGGAGGUGGCCUGUCACUGCAGCAGCCUGAGGUCCAGGACGUCCAUGGUCGUCCUGAACGUCCACAAAGCCCUCAUCUACCUGUGGCACGGAUGCAAAGCCCAGGCCCACACGAAGGAGGUCGGAAGGACUGCGGCCCAUCAAAUCAAGGAACAAUGUCCCCUGGAGGCUGGGCUGCACAGUAGCAGCAAAGUGACAAUUCACGAGUGUGACGAAGGAUCGGAGCCCCUGGGAUUCUGGGACGCUCUGGGGAGGAGAGACCGGAAGGCCUACGACUGCAUGCUCCAAGAUCCUGGAAAUUUUAACUUCACGCCCCGCCUGUUCAUCCUCAGCAGCUCCUCUGGCGAUUUCUCAGCCACGGAGUUCAUGUAUCCCGCCCGAGACCCCUCUGUGGUCAAUUCUAUGCCCUUCCUGCAGGAAGACCUGUACAGUGCCCCGCAGCCAGCACUUUUCCUUGUUGACAAUCACCACGAGGUGUACCUCUGGCAGGGCUGGUGGCCCACAGAGAACAAGAUCACCGGCUCCGCCCGCAUCCGCUGGGCCUCGGACCGGAAGAGCGCCAUGGAGACGGUGCUGCAGUACUGCCGAGGAAAAAACCUCAAGAAGCCGCCCCCCAAGUCUUACCUCAUCCACGCCGGUCUGGAGCCCCUGACCUUCACCAACAUGUUUCCCAGCUGGGAGCACAGAGAAGACAUUGCGGAAAUCACAGAAAUGGACACGGAAGUUUCAAAUCAGAUCACCCUGGUGGAAGAUGUCUUAGCCAAGCUGUGUAAAACCAUUUAUCCACUGGCCGACCUCCUAGCCAGGCCCCUGCCCGAGGGAGUUGACCCUCUGAAGCUGGAGAUUUACCUCACCGACGAGGAUUUCGAGUUUGCACUAGACAUGACCCGAGACGAAUACAGUGCACUGCCUGCCUGGAAGCAGGUGAACCUGAAGAAAGCAAAAGGUCUGUUCUGAGUCAGGAGAUGCUGGAGGAACCUCUGUUGUCACUUUCAAUACUGCUGGACCAGGAAAAUGGAUGUGGUUUUUUUUUUUGGAAGCGGGGUAUGGCUAGUCCUUUAAAAAAUAUUUUUUCAUCCGCGUUUUCGAAACCUGAAGCGACCAGCUCUCCUGCUUGUUUGGGAGUUGUGUAUUUUGUAAAUGUUCCAGAAAACUCUCUGGAAACACACCUUCCACGAUUCAGCAGAUGGCAUUCAUAAGGCAUCCGUAUCCCUACGUGCACUUACGCGGUGGGUCCUCAGCAGCGGCCACGGCACUGCCCUCCUGCUCCUGCUAAGCGUUGCCUAUUAUUAUUUUUUUUUUUUUUGAAGCAGUUCCCUUUAUAAAGUGUUAUUUUGAUAGUUUGUGGAUUCUAAAUAUAUAUAUAUUUAUAUAAACACCGUAUAAAUCAAAUAUGUAUUUAACAAAGCAAUAUGUAUUCAUUCACUUUUAAGGUUUUUUUUUGGUGUCAAAAUAAUAUUAAAAGGUAGUUGCUUCCGUUGAAUUAGUUCUGCCACCAACGUGUACCUUCACCCACGUUCAGAGGCGUCUCCUUCGGCGUUAAGUCAAGUCUGACUUGUUCUGAGUGCUGCUUCCGGUGCUAAGAUGAACAAAGAAUUUAUACUUCCAGGCAUAGGCUCUUAAGAAUCUGUGCAAAUCCACCUUUCUACCUUAAUAUCGCCCCCAAAUGUAUAGUGCCUUGUUUUAUGUACAGUUUAUAUACAGAAAAGUUUGCUCUGCAUUUUUUGACGAUGGUUUGGAACAUUAUCUACAGUUUUACUCUGAAAUGGUAGAAAUUUUAAAAAGAAUCUCAAUUUCUAAUACCUGUUGUAAAAAUUAAAUGUGUCAUUUGGCAAUGGAAGACUCCAAAAUAAAAGCUUCAGAAU